UUGCCAGCCAACACUCCCUUUGAUGAUGUGUUAAAGAUGAUGGUGCAUAAGCCAGAUAAGACUAUUGAACAGGUCUGCUGACUUAGUGCGUGAGGUCAAAACUGUUCUUUCCAGUGCUGGAAACUGAGGGAAUCCACUGUUUCUUUUCAAAUGUGCAUGGAAGCGAUGGCAUCUUUUCCCUCAGGAGCAUCCGGGGUGGUCUCACUGGCAUUAGGAGCUGCAUUAUUUGCAGGGAAAGCUUCAUCCUGCUGUUUCCAGGAACUGUAAUGCUGCACAGUAGUCACAGCCUGUGCAUCAUGCAGCUGGUGGCCAGCCUGGUGUCCGUUCUGCUGCUGGUGUGGAGCGUGAGAGCCACGGCACUGCCUGGAGACGAGAGACUCGCAAUACAGAGCACCAGGGAACAGAGCACAGUGCGGAAAGACGCCAUCCUGAAGAUGCUGGCGGGCCUGCUGGACAGCGUGGACGUGGGGCGCGAGGCGGCCUCCCCAGCCAUGGACGAGGAGGAGGGCAAGGUGGAGGAGGAGCGGGCAGUGCUGGGCCGCCUCGCGCAGCUAUCGCCGAGGGACCGCAAGGCUCCCUGCAAGAACUUCUUCUGGAAAACCUUCACCUCCUGCUAGUGCCCCCCAGCCCGGCCUCACCCCCCGCCAACACCCUCCCCUCCCCUCCCCUCGGCUGUCCCGGCCUCCCGGCUCCUUUCCUUUUCUUCUUCACCCCUCAGAAUAAAGCAUGGCGCCUCGG